UUUCUUGCGAUCGAGACGACGAAUCGAUCGGGCAGCUGAUACACUUUGAGGAAGAGAGUGAUUUUGUAAGGAAGAUGAUCAUUGAGGUGCUACCGGUGAUCGACCUGGAGCCUUACCUGGCAGUGGCGGGAGAAAUCGGGGACGAUACGAGUCGGCUAAGCCCCAAACUCAUUGAGUUAUGCAGAGAGGUGACUCGAGUGCUGAAGGAAACAGGUGCCUUGGUGGUGAAAGAUCCGCGGUGUACGGCUGAGGAUAACGAUCGCUUCAUUGAUUUCAUGGAGAAGUAUUACGAGCGGCCAUUUGAGUUCAAGACGAAGCAAGAGAGGCCCGAUUUACUUUACCAGGGUGGAAUAACACCAGAGAAAAUAGAAGUUCCAAGACUGGUAGUUGACGAAGAGUGGAAGGAGAAAGUAAAGGCAAUGCCAAAAGAAUCUCAGCCGUUGAUUCCCAUUGGACCUGAUCCCAAAUGGCGAUACAUGUGGAAUAUUGGUUCUCGCCCAGCAAAAACCCGCUUCAAGCAAUUUAAUGCUGACGCUGUAAGGCCCGAAAGCUUUCCCGAAUGGAAUGAUGUAAUGGACUCUUGGGGAAGCAAAUUACGCUCAGCAAUUGAG